AUGUCCUCGAAAAGUAGAAGUUCAUCGAAGGAAAAGUGAGUUCUCUUCUUGUGAAAAAAUCAAAAAUUAAAAUUGUCUUGUUUCUAAUACUUUUAGAUCGUCUUCCUCGAAAAAAGAUAAAGAAAAAAAGAAGGAGAAAGAGGAAAAACGAGAAAAAAAAGAGAAAAAAGAGAAGAAGAAGGAUAAGAAGCCGAAAACGCCGGAGCCAGAGCCGCCGGAGCCCGAAGAGCAGUACGACGACGAUUUUGAAGAUUAUGAAGACGACUUCGAGGAUGAGGACGAAGUUUCGGAGCCUAAAAUUGAGGAAAAACCGAAAAGAACAGAACCCGAUGAGGUAAAUAUUGAGAAACCUCAAAAAUCGAUAAUUUCGCGUGUUCAGGAGCCGUUCGAAAGUAAUAUUUUGCAAAGAUUGGCGACGAGUCACUUGAGAAGGACGGAGGCGCCGAAAAAAGCAGAAAAACCGACAAUUCCGCAACCGAAUCCCUUGCCGAACUACUCGGCCGUGAGUUUAUCAGUGGAGCGCGUUUCCAUCAUCGUAAAUUUUUAGAUCAAUAAUCAACCGUUUUCCCAUGAUAACUAUGAAGAACGAAAGUCCACGGAGCAAAGGGCUUUCGGAAGAUUAGCGAAACUUCGAGGCCUUAUAAGUUGGAGCAAUUUUUAAAAUUUAAAAAUAAAAAAAUUUCAGCAAUCGAGACCACGAAAUCGACAGUAUUCACGGACCUGUCUUCCAAUAUUUUUGAGCCUUUCCAAUCGAUUUCCUCAAAUCUGGCUCAUGCUUUCGCGCAAACUGGAAAAGAUUCGAGCAGUGAGGAAGUGCAGACGGAGCAGGCGGAAACGGAGGAAAAAGAGACACAAUGUCCGCAUUUGGAGAGCAGAAAACGGGAAGAUCAAGAGGGAACGGAUGGGACCGGCGAGAGGACCCCCGCCGAUCGGGCACGACUCAAAAAGUUCUUUUUCGCCGCCACGCAGGUGAGGGCCUCUGUGGAAGCACAAGUUUAACUGAGCACUGCAAAGUCCGGAGGUUUCCUAACGUUCCAGAAAUUGUUUCGUGAAAUCUUUACAUUUGGUACUUCAUUUUUGUAGUUAACAACGUUCCGGUACAAGAACUUUCCGGAGUACUGUAGCUCCUGGAAGUUAGAGCACCAAAACUGCACUUUGCUUGUCCCAACUUCUAGGAGCUACAGAACUCCAGGGAGUGCUCGUACAAAAAAGUGAUCAACUACAAAAACACAGUACUAGAUGUCAAGAAUACGCACACAAAUUUCUAGAACCCUGGGACGUUUCUUGAUUGUACAAUAGUCAUUUAAAGUUUGCCAUCCCACACUGUCAGUUUCAACAGUACAUACAACUCUCAAUGUUUCCCCCAUUUUUCAGUGAACCGAUGUCAAGACUGUUUGAUUAUUUUUCCAGACGAUCCGCGAGAUUCUGAUAAGCGACGACAAGACGGUCGAGGAAAACGAAGUUCGGGAGAAGUCGAGUCUCAAUUUCUCCCGCGGCUACAAUCCGUUUUCUCUGGGAGCCAUUGUCAAAAGUUCGUUCCCAAGUACCCUUUUUUCCAAAGUUUCUCUUACAUGUAGGGAGCAAAGUGACGUGUAUCCAGCAGGGCGAAUCGGACAGUGUACUCGUCGCCUUUGAGAUUUUCGAGACCGCCGCCGCGGAUCUCGUCAACAAGAGUCUCAUCGCCGAGUUUUUCGUCCACAAACGAAGACCGCCCAAAAGGUUUUCGGUUUUGUCGCAUUAGAGCGCACUUGCCAAUUUCAGACUUUUCGUCGUCGAAAGUGUCGUUUCGGCAAUGGAAUUGAGCUCCGCCACACAGACCCUCUACGUUUGUUUGGUAACCAAAAAAUUUGAAUUUUUGUCUCCGAAAAACAGUGUAUUCAGGUCGACGGAGCGUUUUGUGCAUUCGAUCUUUCGAUCACAGACUCAUUUUUCAAAAAUCCUCUGCCAUGGGUCGGUAAGUAUCGAUUUUUCUAAUUUUUUCGGUUAAAACCCAAAUCGCUCAGAUUCCGACGUGGACAUUGCUCUGCGCCGGCCGACUUUCGACUCCUCGUUCCUCGCCACCACCAUUUCCGACGCCACGCCCCUUUCCGCAAUGGUCGUCACUAAAUCGAGGUGAAAUUUCAGUUUUUUAAGACAAAAAAAUCGAUAAAUUGUCAAGCGCGGUUGGAACAGCAAAAUUUCAGUAAAAUCUAUAAAAUCGCACUGAAACUCGAAAAUUUAGCGAUGAAGCACAAUUGCAACACGGCAAAUUUGAAUUUUUGCUGCGAAAUAACCGUUUACAAUAAAAUACUAGAAACUCGAUAAUUCGUCAAUAAAGCGCCCAUUUUCCGCUCAAUUUUUGCAGCGUGGGCGAAGACAUCACCACAAUCGACACGGCCGGGACCAUUUCCUACUGGGUGUGCAGUCGUGUCGAAAAGAACGAACUGAGAGUGCUCCUGGCGGCCGUGAUCCGUGCCCAUCCGGUGCUAAAACGGUAAAUUCGCAGUGGAGCGCACUUGCACACUCCUUUUUUCCGUUUCAGACACUCGAAUUCGUUCGCCGUUUCGGCGUUUUGUCACACGCCGAAACCGCUGCGUUUCUUCAUCGGAACAGACACCGGAAUGAUGUAUUCGGUGUACAAAUCGGACACUUCGCAGGCGAUUCCCAAAAUAUUCAACACCGAGAAAGGUAUCAUUAUUAUUUUUAUCAAUUUACGAGUACUGUUCAUUAUAUUUAUUCACAGAAAAGUAUGGAGAAGUGACCGUAAUCUCCGCGAAUCCAUCGGAUAACACUGUCUUACUCGUGGGCUUCUCGUCCGGCUCCUAUUCGAUCUACCGUACCACGCAGGCGUCCGCCCUCCUCAACAUUCCAAUUCCCGACGUUUCGACGCGGGUGACGUGGCUCACGUGGAGUUUGACGUGAGAUUACUGCAGAUUACGGUUGUCAUUUGAAGUGUUGCACUUUUACAGUAAUCCGUCCGGUUUCUACGCAAUUCACAAUGGAAAUACCAUCGUUUUCUGGGAUUUGGGUCACAAAACUGCUCACCGGAGUACUGAUUUGAGGACGGUAAGGGGCGGGGUCUUAAAUAUCAACAUUUUUGCGUUUUUUCCAGGACUCGGCCACGAUCCUUUCGGCGUGCACGUGGCACUCGGAACAAGCGCGAAUCGGAUAUCUGGCGUUCGGACUCGACAACGGAAGUUCGGAAGUGCACGUUUUGGAGGAUCCGGCGCGGAAGAACGCGAACGAGACCAUUCUCGAAGUGCUCCGAAGGCUAUGA